ACCACGGAGUCACGUUGGCAUCGACCUGAAUCAACAACAAACACGUCUCUCAGGCUAAGUCCUCUGAUCAUCGGGGCCUGGCCCUGUCUCGCACUCUCUUUGCGUCUCGCCUUCAUAACGUUUUAACACAUACGAACACAUUGCGUACCGAUCACUUGAACUCAGACCGAUAUUGCCCCGGAACUAUUUCAAGACAAGUCCUCGUCCGCAUGAUGACAAAGUACACAGGAAACAUGGCCAGGAUAGUUCAGGUUUUGCCUUUGGCUUUCAGUUUAAAAUAGUUUUUGUUUAUAUAUUACUUUGCUAGUUUAACCAAAUGAUUAUAAUUAUAGCUGCCAGUGUAACUUUCUCUUUGUUUUUAGAUAUUGCUAUUGUAGUUAACAUCUUGCUUGAUGGUAAUAAAUUAAACACAAUAAGUUUUAAACUCCAAAUGAGCCUAUUUAUAUACUCAUCUAAAUCCUUAAAUAUUGUAAGAUCGCUCUCACUGCCGUGUGAAACCAUAGCACACAUAAAUCACGACUUUCACCUUUCGCUAAGUAAGUUUAUCAUUGGUUGUAUUAAUGGCGUAGCUAUUGUUACACGCAGCCUGAGGCAUAACUCUGGUUAUGUGCCGCCUGGGGAGUAGCUGUGGUUAUGUGCCGCCUGGGGAGUAACUGUGGUUAUGUGCCGCCUGGGGAGUAGCUGUGGUUAUGUGCCGCCUGGGGAGUAACUGUGGCUAUGUGCCGCCUGGGGAGUAGCUGUGGUUAUGUGCCGCCUGGGGAGUAGCUGUGGUUAUGUGCCGCCUGGGGAGUAGCUGUGGUUAUGUGCCGCCUGGGGAGUAGCUGUGGUUAUGUGCCGCCUGGGGAGUAGCUAUGGUUAUGUGCCACCUGGGGAGUAGCUAUGGUUAUGUGCCGCCUCGGGCGUAGCUAUGAUUAUGUGCCGCCUGGGGCGGGAAAAGAUUUUGUCUGCCCCACUUCCUUGAAAAAAAACCUGCAUUUAGCAAAAAAUGGCGACCAUCACAAUACAAUUUUUAAGUUUAGAGUGCCACCGCGUCGGAUCGCCCCAGUGAAUUUGGUUGCUUAUUUAACCAGUUAAACAUUGAUAUGUCUUUUAUACAUUUCCUCUGUGGAUUCAAAUGAAAAAAAAAAUGAUGCUGUGAGCUGUAUAGUUUUUGAACUGUCCGGAUUUGAAUCCAAAUUCAAAUUUCUAAAGUUAAAAUAGAACGCAUUUUUUUUCCGUUUUAAAAUAACUCAUCACUUUUUAAAGGUUUUUUUUUUUUUUGCCAGAGAGAUAAUUAAAUGCCUUAAUUAACAAAUCUCAACGUGAACGUGAACGUAGCUUAAGAGCAGGCGAACUAAAAUCCAAGCGGAAGUUUUUACGAAUCGACAAUUUUGUCCGGAGUUAAAAAUAUCCAAAUUUAAGGUAUAAAAGAAAGUAAUUUCUACGUGGGCACAGGGAUAGCGUGAAUGUAUCAGAAAUGACGUAGACUUAUUGUUUAAGUCUUGAACAGUCUUGUGCGUGUGCUGAACUUUGAUGAGGCAAGGAUGAAUUAUUUCAAAAUGGGGACGAAUUUUUUUUAGGUUAAAUUUUUCUCUCAUGAACUUGAUGAAGUCAGCAUUUUUUUUAUAUUUUUUUUGUUGGUACAGAAGAAUAAUUUGUGUUUUUCUGAAUGUCAUGUAAAAAAAAGAGAAAUGAAUAAAACUUUCAAGUAUAGGCUUUGAACCGAACAACCAUGAAACCUUUCACAAAUAUUUAUAAAAUAACCUUUGAUUAAACUUUCAUCUCAGUGUUGUAGUUUCAAAUAUUUGUUGAGGAUGGUUAGUUCAUUUAUUUUCAGUUUAGAGCAUUUCAUAAAGUUCCUUGAGCAUUUCUAAUCGAUGCAAAUAAUUGAACUUUUCAAUUGUCUUCCGUCUGUAAACAGCUAAAAAAUGCCGACAUUGCACUGGCUUUCCUCUUCACCCUGGUCAGCUUGGUCAUUUCCAAAGAGGACAGUGUACUGAACGGUAAGUGGCCAUUUAGUGGACAGCUGGUAAGAAAUUUACAGUUUGGCCAUUUUGGGGAUAUCUGGUCUGAUAAGCUUUGCAUACCUUUUAAAGUUUCGUCACCAACAAUGAAGACCCGCCCCUUUGAUGACACGCCCAUUUUUAGAUGGUGGAUUAAAAUAUCGCUUGACAUGGCCAAAUAAAAUUCAAAGAAAUCUUAUCAACUAAUACCUCAAUGAUUUUUCUUUAAAGUUAAAGUUUACAACAACAACAACAAUAACAACAGCAAAGGAUUCCGAACAAGGCCUCAAGACAAGAAUUGUGUUUUUAUUAAAAAAAAUAUUUACACAGAAAGAACUGAAUAAUUACUAUGCACUACACAUUAACCACAAGUGAAAGUUUAAAAAAAAAUCUUUUGGCUUAUAACCUCGUGUGCACUAAAAGAUCAAUACGUUUUUCUCAGCAUUCCCCAAAAUGUGAGUCUUUUAAUUAUGUCAAAUGCACUUGUUAAUUAUUUUCUGGCAGAAUGCGAGAGAGGAGUUAAAAGACACCAUCCAUCCCAGGCGAACCUAUUCCAGAUUUUCACUCGAAAAGACUACCGGAAGCAGUGGCUGGAUUAUCCUUGUCCAGAGUUCAUGAUCUUUGACCCAAGGUCAUGUGAAUGCGCGGAGAGUAACAGGCCCGAAACCCUGAAACCGGUUCAGCACCGCUCUCUUCCUAAAGGACAGUCUGUUCGGCAGAGACAAACAAGGUAUACAGCUAUCUAGUUUACAUUUUCUCGCUUGUGAUGGUGAGCCAAGACGGUUCCUGUAUAUAGCAACAUAAAUCUUAAAACUCCCAGUUUGAAAAUCUUUUCUUAUGGCAGAUCCCCGCUUAGAUCAACCUCCACUGUUUGUAACUCAUUCAUUAUGAAUACACGUCACCCCAUCCCCCUUUCCCCUUAAAAUAAUAAUAAUCCCCUUUCCCCUAAAAAAAAAAAAAAAAAAAAAAAAAAAAAAAAAAAAAAAAAAAAAAAACGCAGAUGAACACAAAUAAUUACGUAGCUAAAACAUUUUAUUUUUAAAGUUCACUUGCAUACUCUCGUUCUCAAAAUGCAAUAGUUUAUUCCCUUGCACCUACAGUCUUAAAAUACGAUUUACGAUUUAAAAAAAAAAUAAAAAAAUUACUCUUUGUUUUAAUAAUUUCAGAACGGAACAAACUAAAGAUCUGCAAUCGAAUGACAACACGCAAGAUGGCGGGAAGGGCGGAAGUGGUUGGACAAAAGAAACUGACGAUAGCGCAGGGCAAGCCAGUGAAUGGAGCAAGGAAAGUUUACAGCAGAGCUCGUGGGGAAACGAAAGGGAAAAUACACGGGAUGGCAAAUUAGAAACGCAAGAUGGCGAUUGGACGGAUGAGGAUGUGGCAAACAAAGGCCAGAGACCUUGGACAAAAGUUUUCAACGAGGACGCGGAUAAUAAAGAAGAUGCUGAUAGCUUGGGAAAACAAGACGACAAACAAAAUGGUGGAUGGGGAAAGCAAGAUAACGGAAGAGGAAAGCAAGAUAACGGAAGAGGAAAGCAAGCUGGGGCUUGGGGAAAACAAGAAAGUGGAAAACAAGGGGGCGAAUGGGGUAAAGAUGUCCAAGAGCAGAAGGGUAAAGAAGUAGGGUGGGAGAAGGAGGACCAGGAUAACAGCGCUGGUCCGGACGAUGAGUCAGAACCUCAAGGUCAGCGGAAGACGAAACAGCCGCCAGGUGCGUCAGACAAAACCGGAUAUGGUAAAAAACAAGAUGAAACCCAAAACAAGUGAGCCGAUAUAAUAUUGAUGUCUGUUUAAAGUUGACGUUAAAUUUUAUGGUCCUUUUGAUACCACGGAUUUCACAAAGUAUAUGAUAAUCAAAUGGGGAGCAGAUAUGUGAUAAGCUUUGAUUCCCAUUUCUCAUGCUAUGAAAAGUUGAUUCUAUUUUCUACCACUUCCAAAUUAGAUUAUAUCUUAAUGAAAUUAUUUUUUAAAGAUAAUUAAAAAAAAACCAUAUAGAUGAUAAAAAAUAAAAAGUCCAUUAUGGAUUAAGUUUAAAAUAAACUUGUUACAAAAUUUAAGAAUUAAAAUUAAUUAAACCCUCCUUACAAUGCAAUAAAUAAGACUGUCUGCUCAGUCUUAGACCAGAUCGUUGACAAGAUAAGUGAGUUUAAGUAAGGCCUCUUACUCAAUGGGCAUUUAAUUUUCUAUAGUCUUAGAUGCUAACUCAGAGUUAUGAAUAUUUAAAAAAAAAAAGAAUAAAAAUUAGAAAAAUGGCAAGACAAAUUAAUUUAGGCUAGAGGUUAGUUGUCCAUUUGCAGUGUGUCAAUAAAUAAUAGCACUGCAUGGAAAUACUUUGCAGAUUCCAAAGAAUAAAGACGAGCUGAGCUUGUGACUUUCAUACAACAUGAAAUGAAACGAAACCACGUAGCUCAAAUUGAUAAUUAUAAUGUGAUUAGUGCCAUAACAUUACAUUUUUACCUUAUUUUAUUUCCAGGCCAAAUGCUUGGGAUGACCGUGGUACCGUGCCAAUUCAGUCUGGAGGGAGCCCCUCUAAAGGUGGUGAUUGCCAGUAUGUACAAGAAAAGUAUACGACCAAAAAUAGUUGUCUCUUCAGCUUUUAUUUAAACACGAUUUUAGAGAUGCGAUUCACAUUUUAAAUCAACGCUUUCACGAAAGAAUCAAUUGCGAAAUUAAGUUAUUAAUAAAUAUUUUGUUUCUUUGUUUCAUCUUGUCCAACCUCUCAGUCUUCACAGACCUUCUGGCGACAAGUCUCAUUUUGAGCGUUGGUCGGAUGGAAAGUGGGUCCAAGAGGACUGCAACUGGCCGUUCUAUACGGGUUUGGUGUGGAAUCAAGCUUCUUGUCGCUGUGAGUGGGGCCCUAACAGGACUCACGCCACCCCGAUGAUUGGAGACAGUAAGUUGUCUGCGUCGUUGAUUUUCGAUUAAGGCUGCUCAAAAAAUAAUUUGAGACUCUGUGACACUAAUUUGUAUUAAACAUUUUCGUGACAUGAAAAACCAGACAAGGAAAUAGGUUUAAUUUUAGACUUAGUAUUUUUUUGGCUUUACGGCAGUUUUAUAGUUAUCGAUCGAUUGUUUUGUACUUUCUUUAUGUAUUUAGCUGAGCGACGCAUCUCCACAAUUAUUCAAACACUCACAAAGACACCGAGCUAGAUGUUAAGUUAAAUAUAACUCGACUGUAAUUUUGAAAUGAGGCAGACAUGAACAAAAGAUCCUUACGCCAGCAGCUACUUUGCAAAAAGUACUGAUACUACACAUGUAAUCUUUGAAGAUUUUGUCCCAUAACUUAAAAAAAAUCCGCCAUGGGUUUCUUUAACUUGAAGACUUAUGCUUGUUUAUUAUUUUUUAGGAACAUGAAUAAAUCUCAUAGAUUGUUGACUUUGUCCUCAAAGAUUUGUUUUAAAAAAAGCGCCAAAAAGGUUUUUAAAAAAAUAAAGUUUAAUUAAAAAAAACAACAAACUAUGUAUUAUUUAAGAAAACAAUUUAAACAUGUUUAAUAUAUUGAUACAAUAUUUUGGAAAAGUACCAAGACUGCUUUAACUGAAUUUAAAGUAUUUUUCAGAAAAUAACGAUGAUAUUUUUAUACGAAGCUUAUUUUUAAAAUGCGAUAAAAAUUAUUUUCAUUCAAAUUCUACUUGUCAUCUGCUUCCUAAAAACAUUUUAAAUUGAACCCACCACACAACUUUAAAAAAAAAAAAAAAAAAAAACUUCCCCAAGAAGAAAUAAAGUAAAUUAUCAUGCAUUUUAUGUUGACCAAAACCCCUUAAAACAUCUCAAAAUGAUUUCUUUGAACGCAGGUGUUCCAGCUUCGUGCCUGAUGAUGCUCAAAAUGAGCUUUGAUGGCGGGAAUAUUGUGGACGAAGGCAGACACAUUUGGCUCAACAUUAAAGACAAGGAGAACGCUGCAGUGGAGUCCGACCCGACUGCCGCUGGCGGGAAAUGUGGCUCUUUCAGGUGGCACCUUUAUCAAAUAGAGAUUAGAAAUGUUUCCACUUAAGUGGCAUUUACAGGAGCUUCAUUAUCCAAGUCAUCUGAGUUUGGGCAGUUUGAUGACGAUAUCUGGUCUGACAAGCGUUGUACAUCUUAAAGUUUCGUCAUCUACAAUAAAAAAAACGUGCCCUUUGAUAACAAACCUUUUUUUGUAGAUGUUGGAUUAAAAUUAUUAUCGCUGGACAUGACUAAAUAAAAGUCAAAUCUUAUCAACCAAUAACCCAAUACUUUUUCUUUAAAGCUAAAUUAAAGUUUUAAAAAAAAAUGGUUCCGAGCAAGGCAUAAAGACACGCAUUGUGUUUUGAUUUUAAAAAAUAUUGACACAGAAAUAAGAAACAAAUGAAUGGUGACUUGCCAAAAUAUUGAAGGAUUUGAUGCGAAAAUAAUAUUGACUGAAAGAAAAUUAUAAUUCCUUAGACAGGGCCAGGCUAGAAUAUUGCACAGCUGAUGGUACACACUAAAACAAAUUAUUGUGGCAGUAAUCAUCAUGACAGUACGAUCGAGAGAAAUUAAAAAAAACGGGGAAUUUCCAUAAAUAUAUAAAGCUAGUCUUAAUGUAAACAAAACACGAUUUCACAUCUAGAUAAUUUUUAAGUUUAGCCCCUAGGGUUUGUCAUUUCUAAGACUGGAAAACGUCACAUAGCUUUACGUGAAUAUUACUAUUUUUAGACAUUUUUCGUAAAACAUAGCUCCUAACAAAGUAUCAUUCCACGUAUGAAUAGCAGUAACAAUUUGUUUGUCAAAUCUUUUGUAAAAUGAAGUUGUAAACACGUUUUCGUCUAGGUUAAGGCUCACAUUAACGUAGAAAGUACCGAACAGCUGUUGAGAGAUUGGCCAAACGGAGUGCCAGGAUGCAAUAUUAAUAUCUUAAUAAGAUUGCCCAGACUGUGAGCCCGAAUGUUCUAUUAAUAGAUCUACGCCAUUAAAUGGCAAACCCUAUUCUUAGAAAAUGAAUCGCUGAUUUUUUUAUGGUGACCUAUUUCUUGAAUAUCUAUACCAAAAACCUUUAAAAAAAAAUUCUAUGAACAAUCACAUCACUGGCAAUAAAUGUUAAAAUGAACUUUAUCUUUCAACUCUUAGAGGCUCGGCCAUUGCUAUCCCAUACUUCAAGAGUAAUCUUCUUGGUUCGGUGUUUCACAUUGGCUUCAGUUUCAAACUCUGCCCCGGUGACCCAGAUACUGACAUCCCUCUUAUUCACAAUGAUUGUAUAGAGAGCCAGGAAGCUCCUGGAAUAGUGGUGAGUUAUGUUCAAACUUAUCUUUUUAAUUGUAACCAGAGGCGGCUCCACGGAAAGUAUUCUUUAAUCAACAGAGUGUGGAAGAGAUGAAAUCAAUAAUAAGAAGCAAGAGGCCAUCUUUAAAUUGAUACCAACUUUAGUCUCAGUCUGCGUCUGAUUUUCGCUUGUGAAAUAAAAUUAUUUAGUUUCCCCUUUAUUCCAAAAUGUUCAUAUAUUCCAGAUCGUGUAUCAGGCUUGGAAAAAAAGAAUUGUUAUUUCUAUGAGGACUAUGAACUCUGAGGAGCUCCAUUCCGAGUUUUGUAAUGUAGGCAAUGCACAGGUGAGUUGGGCUCAGAUAUUUUUUUAGAGAGUAAUGCACAGGUAACCUGAGGUAAGAGACUUGGUAGAGAGCUUUGCACAGGUGAAUUGAGCUCUGAGAUUUGAUAUAGAGCUUUGCACAGGUGACCUGAGGUCAGAAACUUGACAGAGAGUUUUGCACACGUGAUUUGGGCUCAGAUAUUUGAUAUAUAUUUGCCCAAGUGAAAAGAAUUUAAAGUUUGAUUGGGGAAUUUCGAUGGUUUUAAGUGUUUAAUAAAAAUGUUUUAUUGAAAUGUUUUUCUCAAAAACUUUUGUAACACACCUUAACCAUUGUAACGUGUGGUAUGUUCGAUGUCUUCAGGGUCAAUGGACUAAAGUAGACAUCCGCUACGGGGAGAACUUCCUGGAAGUGACAACCAAUAAAGAAGUGUGCAUCAGCUCUAACAAGUUCAUGGGUACGUUGCCACCAUAUUCCUGUAAAGGGUUUGGUGGGGGGGGGAUUAUUUUCCCCUAUUUUGAAACCACUGAAUGAAAUAGUUUCAUAAGCACAUACAUAUGACAUACUUUAGAAUGAUUUUAUAAUAAUUUAUGAUUUGAAGUUUUCUUGGAAUUAUAUUUCAAGUACUUUUUGUCAACAUUGACACACACCCUUAUAUAAUCAUCAAGAUGAAAAAAUUGUUUGGUGGCUGACUUCUAAAGAUGUAGUAAAUUAAUAUGAAUAAACGCACCGUUAUUAAAAGUUAGGUAUAAAAUAAUUAUAUAUUUUUUAAAAAAAUGCAUGAACUAUAAUUGGGAAACUUUGCUGCAGGCCCUGUUGCAACAAACAACUGCCCACUGACGUUACUUGGUGAGGCCUUCUGUGGGAAACUUGACGAGGUACUCUCCAUGUCUUAGCGUUUGUGAGAGUGUUGGAUUAAUGUUGUAAUACAGUUGGAUUAAUGUUGGGUUACAGUUGGAAUCAUGUUCGAUUAAUGUUAGAUUAAUGUUGGACUAAAGUUGAAUUAAUGUUGGAUUAAUGUUGGAUUAAAUUUUGAUUAAUGUUGGGUUAAAUUUGGAUUAAUGUUGGAUUAAACUUGGAGUAAUGUUGGGUUAAAUUUGGAUUAAUGUUGGAUUAAAGCUGGAUUAAUGUUUAGUUGAAUUUGGAUUAAUGUUGGAUUAAAGCUGGAUUAAUGUUGAGUUGAAUUUGGAUUAAUGUUGGAUUACAUUUUUAUUAAUGUUGGGUUAAAUUUGGAUUAAUGUUGGGUAAAAUUCUGAUUAAUGUUGGGUUAAAUUUGAAUUAAUGUUGGAUUAAAGUUGGAAUGAUUUUGGAUUAAUUAUGGAAUAAUUUUAGAUGCAUGUUUGAUUAAUGAUGGAUUAAUUUUGGAUUAAUUUUGAAUGACUGUUUCAUAAAGUUAUUCGUAUUCCAAAAUAAUUGUUUCUGCAUCACACUGAUUAAAACCCUUAAAAAUAAUAGCUCUGUAAGCAUGCCACGAAUAAAUGUAUUUUUAAUUUACUCGUCCUGCAUGGUCGCAAUUAUGUAGAAUCUGGUAAUAUAAUAUGAAACGCUAAUAUAAUUACACUGUAUCGUUUAAAUUUUGGCUUUCUCAUACAGGUGAUCAUCACAAGGGGCUGUACCGAUUCCCACGCCAUAUCCUGAGAACCGUUACUAAGUCACAUUAGCCACCAUGGUGUUUCUACAUUGGUGUAGCGCUCACGAGACCAAUGGCUGCCUGUCACACACGUUCUUCUUCAUGCACAUUUAACAAACUGCAUUUUCAUACAUAUUUUUUUCACAUUUAAUAAAUUCCAUUACAGAAAUAAAUGUUUCAUUGAUUUGAAAGAAAAAUUCUUGCAUUUGUUCAUGUCUUGAUCCUUGCAUUUGUUCAUGUCUUGAUCCUUGCUCUUGUUCAUGUCUUGAUCCUUGCAUUUGUUCAUGUCUUGAUCCUUGCAUUUGUUCAUGUCUUGAUCCUUACAUUUGUUCAUGCCUUGAUCCUUGCACUUGUUCAUGUCUUGAUCCUUGCAUCUGUUCAUGUCUUGAGCCUUGCUCUUGUUCAUGUCUUGCAUUUGUUCAUGUCUUGAUCCUUGCAUUUGUUCAUGUCUUGAU